CGUGCUUCGGCGGUCUCCGCGAUCGCCUCGUAUCUGUCCGAAGCAAACGGCGAAAUGUUUUGUGCUUUGGAACCCUCUGCUGUUGAUUCUUUGGCUUGGAACUUAGGGAAAAUCUCCUAACUUACAAAUAUCUACUGGACUUGGCCCAAUUAUCAAAGCUCAUUCCGUCCAGCUGGCAUCGAUACAAUACCUGUUUUAGUGCUCGAGAUCAAGUCGACUCUCCCAGACUGUCGACGCAGCAGAUCACCUACCACGAUGGAAGUCAAUAUUGUACCACAGAUCAUUUCUGACGCUGCUGUGGACAAGGGCGAAUCUCCACCUGCAGCCAGCUCAGACGUGGCUACGAUACCUGUGCCUGCGACCCUCAUAGACACUACCUUCUCGUCAUCUACGAGCCUCGCGACUUCAGUGUUAGGGGCUAAGAUUGUCUCCUUCUCCGACGAAUGGUUUGCCUCUGCAGAGAAUCUGCUCACAGUAGGCCCUCCAAUUCGCAGGCCGGGAGUUUUCGUGCACUCAGGAGCAUGGUAUGAUGGUUGGGAGACAAGAAGACAUAAUCCUAAAGAGUAUGAUUGGGUGGUGAUAAAGCUGGGCUGCGUUGGAGUAAUAGAUGCCGUGGAAGUGGACACGGCUUACUUCAAUGGCAAUGAGGCACCAUAUGCAGGCUUAGAUGGUUGCUUCGUGACAUCUGAACAAGAGGAGGGCAGUGGUGUCGACAAAGAGGAUUUCGCUGGAUGGACGGAGGUGCUCCCUCCUUCCAAAUGUGGACCUAGCCAGCGGCAGGCUUGGAAGGUCUAUGGGCCAGGAGUGACCGGGAAGCAGUUCACUCACCUGAGGUUAAAACAAUAUCCAGACGGCGGCAUUGCCCGGUUGAGAGUGUAUGGGAAAGUCGUGCCCCCACCAUUACCGACAAGUGCAGCCAUGGGCGAAAGACCAGUGGAAGAUCUUGCCAGUGCAUUGAACGGCGGUGUCGCGAUCGAGUGUUCCGACCAGCAUUUUGGCGGCAAGUCGUAUCUGCUCCUACCAGGUCGGGGAAAAGACAUGGGUGAUGGUUGGGAGACAAAGCGCAGCAGGACGAAAGGACACGUCGACUGGGUGAUUGCCAGGUUGGGAUUGAAGGGCAAAAAGAUUGAGAAGGUGGUGGUUGACACCAAAGACUUCCGUGGAAAUUUCCCUAGGGCAGUCAAGGUGGAAGGUUGGUCAAUGGAAGUUGCUAAAGCAGCUUUAGGGACGGAGCCCGAGCCAAAGGCUGACGAUGCCGGAUGGGUGCCGUUGACUAAGGGUGAACAGCCUUGUAGAGCUGAUAUCGAGCAUAUCUUCGAAGGAGGAGACCUCGUCGCCACCGACGCCCCAGAUGGCCAUGUCUGGACGCAUGCCAAGAUGACGAUUAUCCCAGAUGGCGGCGUGAAGAGGUUACGAAUCUUUGGGAGAAGAGCAUAGGAGGAGUGGUUCCAUCUUCCCGAAACCAUACUCGCACGAGAUCGACUUCGUUGGACACCAAGUUAUACUACCUAGGUAGGUAGUAGCUGGUCUCAACGACGAUACCUACCAGGUAGGUGCCAGGUACCUUAGGUUAGGUGCCCUCGGUGCCUAGUAGCCGCGGUACAGUACCUAGCUAAGAUGGCUUGGUUAAGGAAGACUGGUGGGUGGCUACAGGGAUUUUCUAGCCUGACCUUCUGAAGAAAGUCAAGCCAGUCGUGGCCAGUCAAGAGUCGAGUCUCGAACUCGAUGGUCGUGCCAAGACCGAUUUCGGCCGGUCAAGUGGCACUUGUGAACUUCUCCGCAAAAAAUUGCUUGCACUCUUCCCAUUGUCUCUGCUCUCUCGCUUCCGCCCG